AAAGCGCCUUAGCUGCAUCUGUCGCGAGUUAGUUGCAGUUUAGACGGCGAGCGGUACGCAUCGAGUUACGAAUAGGUUUCCGGUGCGAUUUCCCGGACCAUUUCCCGUAAGGACUUUGCCCAGCCGAUUCCGUCGUGUGAUCGGGAUCCGAGAGAAUUCCGUGAAGCAGACCCCAGUCUGGUACCCAGGCAAUAAAAUUCAAUCGCGUCGGUGCUAAGCAAAUAGUAUUUUGUGAUAUCAUAAUGCCCAGCGACGUGUGAUAAGUGCAAAAACCUGCUGGGAUAAAGCCACGAAAGAGCGAUCUCCACCGCGGACACUGACUAACACACUUCACGUAGGCCAUAAAUUUAUUAAGUGUGUUCCAUAAAAAUUUUUAUAAACAUUAACUUUGAUAUAACACGGUGAGGAUCGUUUUGUGGCGAAAUUAUUGCUUUGUAAUUUUCAAAACACUAUAAGGCAAUUGGUGGUUAAAAUAAACAACAACUUCCGCAUAAAAUUCAAUAACUUCCAAAAUAUUCAAUAAGAGACAGUCACAUCCAACCAAAAAAAAGUCGAAAUAAAAACAAUAACCGCAAAUUGAAUAAGCGUAAGCCAUAAUUAUGACCAAAUGAGCCUGGCCGAAACAAAAACAACAACUACCACAAGCAUUAUCAUAAAUAAUAACAAAACCAGCAACAAAAUGCGGGUCAUCAACAGCAGAUUAAACGCGACGCUGUUAACGUUAACAGUCCUAACAGCCAUGUGUGUGGGGCUGGCCAGUGGCUUGCAAACUGUAAAUGAAACAAAGGUUGACAAUACCAUAUGCCUUUACCAGGAACACAAUAAUACGUACCGCAAGGAACUCGGAGCUGUGUGGUUUUCUGCCAAGGAUCCCUGUCUGGUAUACUCCUGUGCAGCGGGAGUGGCCAAGGAUCCUCAGGCUCAUAUAGUGGUUACCCAGGUCGACUGCAAUGAGUUCUACUGCGAAGUGGGUUCUGAGCUGCGUAGUGUCGAGGGUAGCUGUUGCGGGGAAUGUGUGAGAACUCACUGCCAGCACAAUCACUCCCUGUAUGCUGUGGGUGAGUCCUGGCACAAUGAUGCCGAUUGCACUUUGCUGGAAUGUGGCCGCCUGGCCAAUGGACAGAUCAUCAUAAACACCUACAAGAGGAACUGUCCCGCCUUGACCGAAGACUGUCCGCCAUCCAGGUUGGAGGAGAGAAACUGCUGUCCCUACUGCAGACCCUUAAAGGCAUCCCGAGUGGAAGAAAUCGCGGAAGCUGAUGCGGCGGAGUCCUCCGAUGACAUUUGGACCGCCGAGUUUUAUCGCCAGCAUCCCUGCAACCGAGACUGCCAGAUGGGAGCUGAGCCCAUGACCUGCCGGUACAAAUUCGUGGUGGAGUGGUACCAGACCUUCUCCAAGGCCUGCUUCGACUGCCCUCGGAACCUCACAGACUGCUCCCGGCCGCACUGCGUCAUGGGCGACGGCCUCGAGCGGAGCAUCACUGUGGUAAACCGCAUGAUGCCAGGGCCCUCUAUAGAAGUCUGCGAAGGCGAUCAGAUUGUGGUGGAUGUGAAGAACCAUCUGCUGGGCGAGAGCACCACCAUCCACUGGCAUGGUCUGCACCAAAAGAAGACGCCCUAUAUGGACGGAGUGCCGCACAUAACGCAGUGUCCCAUCACGCCGCAUGCCACGUUCCGGUACUCCUUCCCAGCCGAUCUUUCGGGAACUCAUUUCUGGCACUCGCACACGGGAAUGCAGCGCGGCGAUGGGGUCUUUGGAGCUCUCAUCAUCCGGAAACCCAAAGCCGCCGAGCCCCAUGGCGCACUCUACGAUUUCGAUUUGAGUGAUCAUGUGAUGGUUGUCCAGGAUUGGAUCCAUGAGCCGGGAGUUAGUGUGUUUGCCUUCCACCACCAUUCCCGUGGUGACAACAAGCCACACAACCUACUCAUCAAUGGCCGAGGGCGUUAUUACAAUCGCAUUUGGGAGGAGGCCAAGCAAAUGCAUCGUCGUACUGAGGAGAGUAGAACCACCCAGCCUCUGGAACCACUGCCCAAAUCCCAGGUGGACUUCGUUCAAACGCUGCCGCGUCAAGCUCGCCUGGCCAAGAACAAUCAGACCACCAAGCUUUUUCCAGUGCACUCCCGCCAGAAGAGAGGCAAUCUAAACCAGAUCCCUCUGGAAUUGGUGCCUCAUCAGGUCUACCAUGUACGCAAGGGCUUCCGCUACCGCAUGAGGAUCAUCAAUGCUGAGUACCUCAACUGUCCUAUUGUUGUGUCCAUAGAUCACCACAAUCUUACGGCCAUAAACUCGGAUGGCUUCGAUAUCGAGGCCAUGGAGGUGGGCUCCAUAGUCACAUAUUCCGGAGAGCGCUUCGACUUUGUUCUCAAUGCCAACAUGGAUGUGGGAAACUACUGGAUUCGCUUGAAGGGCCUGAUGGACUGCAGCGAGGUCUUCACCUCGGCCUUCCAGGUGGCCAUUCUCCGAUAUGAGGGAGCUCCGGACGAGGAGCCCUCGGCAGAACUCAGCUAUGCCCACAAGGCGGACGGCAUCGAGCUGAAUGUGAUGAAUCGAGGUCCUGGAUAUCCGGACACCAAAACUGUGGCCGAGAUGCGAGCCCUGCCCAUCUAUGACCAUGUGUCUGGCAUAGACGAGGACACCCUCAAGCCGGAGGCCGACUUUAAGUUCUUUGUCUACUACGAUUUCUAUACGAAAAACAAUCCCGACUUCCACGACAAAGACCUCUAUGCCAUGGACAUGGAAAUGACCCAAGUGAACCGUCUCUACACUCCGCAGUUGAAUCACAUUACCUUGGACUUUCCAUCUCUGGCGUUGCUGCCUGCGAGGAGCCAGCUCAAGGAAUCGGACUUCUGUAACGAGACGAGCCUGGCGGAUCAGGGCAUUGAUUGCCGGACGGAGUUCUGCAAAUGCCACCAUGUGCUACAGGUGCACCUUGGGGCAGUGGUGGAGCUAAUCAUUGUGGACGAGGGCUUCCAGUAUUAUGCCAAUCAUCCGUUCCAUUUGCACGGCAAUGCCUUCAGAGUCAUGGGAUUGGAGAGGUUGGGAGAGAAUGUGACCGUCGAAAUGGUUAAACAACUAGACCAAUUUAACUUACUCAAACGCAACUUUCAUCAUCCGCCUGUGAAGGACACUGUGACCGUUCCAGAUGGUGGCUACACCAUCAUUAGAUUCGAGGCCUCUAACCCGGGAUAUUGGCUCUUCCACUGCCACAUUGAGUUCCAUGCUGAGAUUGGCAUGGCCCUGGUCUUCAAAGUGGGUAACGACGACCAAAUGGUCCCCGUUCCCGAGAACUUCCCCACAUGCGGAGAUUACAAUCCAGACGCCAAAUCGGAUGGACCCACAACUGACAUCACAGGACCAGGCCAGCCAACCACUGCAAGUCCUUCCAAUGCCGGAGGUGGCAGUUAUGGAUUGAAGCCCACUUUGGUUCUAAUACCUAUUUUCGUCCUUUUGCUGAAAUCCCUCGGAUAAUGGAUCACCCAGAAAGAGAGCACCCCAAACUUGCCAAACGAAAUUCAGAGAUUAUUUAUUGAAGACGAUGGUAGAACCUCGAGAUAAAGCCUAAUUUUUUCGUGAAAUUCUUUUUCUCUAGCAUUUGUAUAUAUUCCAUAGAACGCAUCGUUGUAAACUAAACAUCUGUGAUUGUCUAAGAAACCUAUUUGCAUAAGAAAUUAAAGAUAAACUAUUUCUAAAAAUAAAAACAAGUCGCUUUGAUCUUUCUGUCACAAUGAA